CGUGAAGAUAGUGGAGUUUUUAUUUUUAUUUUUCCACGCAUGGUUCAGGAGUGAGCGUUUAGUGCGGGGUUCCUGUUCCGGAGCGGCUCGCUGUGAAGCUGAAGAUUGAGGAGCAGGACUCCUGGCUGCAGGGGCUGUGAUGGAGCAUGAAGCGCUCUGAGUGAGUAGAUUCAGAGCUCUGGGCCACAUCUGUCUGAUUUGAUAGAGCAAUGAAAAGUGAAGAGGGAGACUGAGAAGAGGAAACUGGCUGCACUGGGAUCUGAGUCAAUGAGCUGUUGGACAACACGAGAAGAACAGAGGAUUAAUUAAAAUGGGGUGGCCAGACCUCACACCUGCCAACCGUAUGUCUGAGGGGCUGUCACUCUGCCCACAGCCAUGCCAGACGUGAAGCUCACCUCACCAUGUGACUACCCCUCCACAUCCUCUGUUGUUCUGUCCGCCAGCUCUCCUGCUGGCUGCAGUUCCCCCCUGCACAUCAGGAUCGACAUGGAGCCCUGCAUCGCCAACCUCCCUCUGUCCCCGGACCCCUUGAACUCUCUCCCCCGUCACAGACCCUUUCUUGGACCAUCAUACCCACUUAUUGCCAGGUGCAACAGCAGUACUUUACUCACCAACUUUGGUUUAAGGUGUUGUUCUGGCCAGCAGGGCACUCAGGGGGUGGAGCCAGGGCAGGGGAUGGCCCAGAGCUCCUGCAUGGACACUGGAAGCAAUGGUAGCAGGCCUUACAGGAGUAUGGAGAACCUAAACUGGAACACAAUAGCAGAUUCUGGUCUGUGUGCACUCAGUGCUACACCAUGCAGGAGCUUAGACAGCGAGUUUAUUUUACGGUACACCACUUCUAGCAACUGGUAUGAUGGACCUUCAGAUGGAUCUUUACUAGGUGCCCACGGGCUGAUACCAAACCCAGAGAGUUUGGCGUUUUUUCCUCGACAUGGGCUACCCAGAAUGGAUCUGCCACUCUUCCCUCAGCUGCUUAUUCCAGGCGGUGUGGAUGACUGGGACACAAGAAAGGAACUAAGGGACAAACUCCGUCUGCAGAGCGCAAGAUCUUCUGCUGAGCCUUUAAGGCCCCUCCCACUGCGGCCCCAGUUGAGCCCAAGUACCUCCGCCAUUGAGCGUGGAGGUUUGCAACAGGGGACCUCAACAGGUGGUUGCUCUAGGCCGACAUUUACAAUGCGCACAUCUCCAGAGGAGAUCAAGCAGGAGGUUUUGAGGCGCUUGCAGCUCAGGCGGCAGAAUAGCAGCCCCAACUUGACCGUCCAAAGUUCUCCACCUGUCCCAAAAGUGGUCCCCACAUCCUACACAACAGAAAACAUUAAAAGGAAUCCGAGUGGGAAAGGUGCUGCCUUUGAGCGCUGUAGACCUCCUGUGGGACGUCUGUACAUCCCAACAUUUGAGGAGUUUAAGAUGAUGAGGCAGAGGGAGGGAAAACAGAGCGAGGGGCCUGCAGCGGAUGGUGUUAAACAUAAUGGACAACUCUCCAAUGGAACUGAGCCUCUAAAAGGACCUAGUGGAACUCAGGAGUGUGAUUCUGAAGAGGUUAAGAGGGAGCAAGAUGCAGCGAGAACUGAUGAAGACCUUCAAACCUUCACCUGCACAGACAAACCUGCUUUAAUCAUAGUGAACAGCAAUGGCAACGUAGCCUCCUCUUCAUCCUGCAGUUCUUGCAGGAACUCCCCCAUCCGUACAGGCCCGUCUCCACGUGCACCCCUGCAGCCUCAGGCCUGCACAGCCCAGGACAAAGCCGUUGUUGUAGGAGGAGAUGAUGGGAGCACCAGGCGCAGGAGGAGUAGUCUGGAAACAGUUGGGUCGGUUCCUUUGACUGCUAGCAGAGAGAACUGGGAUCGUCCCUCCAGCUGCUGCCCGGCGCUACUUCUGGAGGGGACGGACCUGUCGAAGUAUGGAGCCAAAAUAUACAAGAUGAAAGACGGGCUCAUCGGAUCUGCUCUGGACCUCAUCAAGAAAAGCUGCAGUGCAGAGAUCUCUGCCAAAGCCCCUGUCAAGCCGUCAGGUGACCGGGACGGAGGCUGUGACAUCACCGCCCCCUCGACCGACUGUCAGCCCCUCGCCGUUGCCAUGGCAACGCCGACAACGGCCUGCGGAGCCGAAGCCGCUGACGAGGAGCCUGCAGGAGAAGCAGCCGGGGAAGGGGAAGAGACGAGAGGAUGCCCGCACACAGGCCUGGGUUGCAGGCGCUCCAGCUCGGACGCAGCCUACGAGCCGGCUGAGACGGUGAGGGCACAGCGCGAGUGUCGCCUCCGGCCCCACUACAGUGAUCCCAUGCCAGCGGACGCCUCCAAACGCAAACAGCUGGAAAUGAAGAUUGCUGCGGCUGCCCGGCUCCAUGGUCAUCGGCGGGACAGGGACAGGGACAGAGACAGAGCCAGUGCACCAGCAGCGAUCCGCGGUCACUCUGAACCACCUGGCGAAGAGCGGCAGGCAGUUCUUGACGUGACUCGCUGCGGGCAGCACCGCUGGAGUACCAUCAGCAGUCUGAGCUCAGACAGCGGCGUGGUGGGCCUCAGCGAUGAGCGGGAGGAGGAGGACCGCGAGCCACGGCAUCACCGCAGAACCAGGGGAGCUGAGGUGGAGCGAGUGGACAGCGGCAUUGGCCCAGGCCUGUCACGCACGUGGAAGAGGCCAUCCGCCUCUCUCAGGGCGUGGGAAUCCCAGAGGCCGUGCCCUGAUUGCGGACAGAGGGAUGGGGUCUCCAAGGAUCGGGGGGAGAGAAUGUGUGAGCGCUGCUCCAAGAUCCGGACCGAGCGUAAGGAAGCCAUCCUGGAGUUCUUAAACACUGAGUCGAGCUAUGGCGAGGACCUGCGGAUCAUCAAGGAGGAGUUCUACUGCCCAAUGCAGAGUGCCGGGCUGUUGACAGCCGAGCAGCUUACUGUGGUGUUUAGUAACGUUCAGGAGCUUAUAGACGUCAACGACCGUUUCACUGAACACCUGCAGGACAGCAUUGAUCAGGCAUUUGACCAGGGCGAUGAUGACCUGCUGACCGUAUACAUCGGGGAAAUCUUUCUUGAGUUUGUCAACAUGCUGCCAGCCUUCCAGACCUACUGUCUGCAGCAGUCCACCUCGGUCAACAUGCUCAACACUCUGGAGAAGGAGAAGGAGCUCCUCAGAAUAUUCCUGGAUGUUUCCCAGAAUGACAACACCGCACUGCGUCGUAUGAACCUGCGCUCCUUCCUCAUGGCGCCGCUCCAGCGCGUCACUAAGUACCCACUCUUGUUGAGUCGCAUCAUUAAGGUCACUCCCGAAUGUCACCCGGACUACACACGCCUCCGGGAGGCCAAGAGUCGAGUGGAGUCCCAUCUGGAGCACAUCAACAUGAAGACUAAGCAGGAGGGUAACGGUGUCACCUGGUCUCUACGCUCGUUCCGCCGCGAUAGCCGCAAGAAUCGGGAGGUCAUUAACAUUGAGAUGCGAGAGGUGUCGAUGAAGACGGUUGGCUGGGCAAGAGAAAACACCCGGUUUGUCAUGGAGGGACCUCUCCAGCUGUCCCAGCCGGCAGAUGGUCAAUGGCUAAAAAAGGGCAGCAAGGCCCUCAAGUUCCAAAACGUGCAGAGUUUGCUGAUGGUGAGGACACAGCGGGGUGGAGACUCCCCUGGGCGGGCAACUGAUGUCGGACGACAGGUGGAAGGCAUGGCAGAGAGCGUUCGAGACGGAGUGCUGGUUUUAAUCAAGGACAAGAGCAGCGGCAAGUUCGCAGUGCUGAGAGAGCCAAUCCGUCUCGGAAACUGCGUUGUGUCAUCAGAUCCGGACUGCGAGGACACCUUCGAGGUGCUCGACAUCAGGCGGGAGUCAUUUGUUUUCCGUGCCACGGACAAAUCCCACACCCAGCAGUGGUUCCACCAGAUCAAGAGAUACGCACGUGACUUGGGUACCUGGAGGAAAAGGCGAAACGCGUUGCCCAACAUCAUGAUCAACGCCAACCAGACGCGUUCCUGAGGCUAGCCUCCGCUGCAUCCGUGUUCCACUGUAAAUAACCCAAAAUCUUUGAGGCUCCUAAAAAAAACAAAAAAAAAUCAGCUGACGGCAUUUUCUGAGUAACACCACUGUUCUGUUAAUUUCCGUAAACAAUCACACAAUCUGUCUCACACUGUUGUGAGUAAACUAAGCACUUUUUUUCCUAUGAAGCAGUAAGUGCGCCAUGAAACUGAGUGAGGAUUUAACUUUGAAGCUGUUACAGAAAGAAAAAAGUAGAAAAAAUCCCAGGUUUUUGAACAACCAAAAAAAAGAUAUCCUUGGGCUGCUCUUGCCAGCCUUGAUUGUAAAGACUGUUGAGUAGCUAAAGGUGUGCUUGAUGAAAGCAUGACUGAACAUGACCGGCUGCUAAAAGAAAACAGCAAUGUCAUUUUUAUAU